AUGACUUCCGCCGCGGUAACGGUCAGUCUUGAGGAUCUGAAGAAUGGCAAUGUCUCCUUUCAAACCUUGGUUGAUGCCUUUGGCCCAAACUCCUUGGGAAUCAUAGUCGUAAAGGACGUCCCAGAAGAGUUCGUACAGCUCAGACAUCGCCUACUGUCCUACUCGUCGUACCUUGGGAACCUACCUCAGUUCCGCCUUGACAAGAUCGAGAAUCCGGCAGCUAAAUAUCUGACUGGCUGGUCUCGAGGUAAAGAGACUCUCAAGAAUGGUCAGAUCGAUACACAUAAGGGUUCUUUCUAUGCCAACUGUGCUUUCUAUGUUGAUCCCUCACUCGACUGCGCCAAACCAACCAAGGAGUUUUCCCCAGACAACUUUCCAGAGUAUCUCAGUCCCAAUCUUUGGCCUAGUAACAUCGCCGGCUUCAAGGAGACAUUUGAAGAUCUCUGCCGUCUGAUUAUUGACACCGCGGUCCUGGUCGCGAGAGCAUGUGAUCAGUAUGCAUCCAAAGAGAUACCCAACUACAAGCCAGGAUACCUUGAGCAUGUUGUUAAGACCUCGACCACGACUAAAGCAAGACUUCUGCAUUAUUUUCCCGCUGAUUUGGAAACCAAAGAGGAAGCCAACGAUGACGACUGGUGUGCUACACAUCUCGAUCAUGGAUGUUUGACUGGCUUGACGUCCGCUAUGUUCGUCAACGAGAGUAAGCAAGUACCUGCGAUCCCUAUGACUUACUCAUACAACCCACACCAUCUCCCUACGCUUGCAGAACUCGACUCGUCACCCGAUCCGACAGCUGGACUGUACAUCCAAUCUCGCAACGGGGAAACUGUGCAGGUCAAGAUUCCGAGGGACUGCAUCGCUUUUCAGACUGGCGAGGCGUUAGAGCGUAUUACUAAAGGCAUGUUCAGGGCCGUACCGCAUUACGUUAGAGGUGUGCGGCCUGGCUUUGCGGGUGGUGAGAAUGAAGGGGGUAAGAUUGCACGUAAUACGUUGGCAGUGUUCACGCAGCCAAACCUGGGUGAACCUGUUGAUUUAGAUCAGGACAUAAGUUUUGGAGAGUUUGCGAGGGGCAUUGUGGAGAAGAACACUACAAAAUAG